GGGGGGGUCGCUGAGAGGGGGAAGAGAUGCUUGAAGAGAAAGAGAAGAAAACAAUGUAGAGGCUGGAUUUUGUGGGGUGGUGGGACGCAGCGCCUGAUCUACAGAUACCUUUGAUUUUGGAAGUGACUGGGGACUGAAUUCGAGUUUGUGUCUCUGUAAGUUCGUGUUGCAGUUGAAUCGAGAGACUGAGGGAGAUGUGAGGAUCGGGACUGUUGUUGCGGCAAAGAUGCAGAAAGGAAUUCGGCUGAAUGAUGGGCACGUUUCCUACCUGGGGGUUCUGGCCAAGAAAGAUGGAACCAGGAAAGGUUACCUGAGCAAGAGGAGCUCGGACAACACCAAAUGGCACAACAAGUGGUUCGCCUUGCUUCACAAUAUGCUGUUUUAUUUUGAGAAUGAUUCCACCACCAAAGCCUCUGGUCUCUACUUACUGGAGGGGUGCGUGUGCGAGCGGGCACCAUCCCCCAAACCAUCGCUUACAGCCAAGGAAUCCCUGGAAAAGCAGUAUUACUUCACAAUAAACUUUGGCCAUGAUGCUCAGAAAGCCCUGGAAUUGAGGACAGAAGAUGUGAAAGAUUGUGAUGACUGGAUUGCAGCAAUUGGUCAUGCAAGUUACAGGAACCUGGCAACAGAGCAUGAGUCCCUGAUGCAGAAAUACCUACACCUACUGCAGAUUGUAGAGACUGAAAAAACAGUUGCUAAACGACUUCGACACCAAAUUGAAGACCAGGAAAUUGAAGUGGAGCGACUAAAAUCUGAGAUUGCUUCACUGCUGAAAAAUAAUGAACGCAUCCAAUUAACACAACCUGCAACCCAGAACGAUGAAGAUGUUGACAUAAGGAAAAUCAAAAAGGUGCAGAGCUUCUUGCGAGGGUGGCUGUGCCGAAGGAAAUGGAAGACAAUAAUCCAGGAUUAUAUCCGCUCCCCUCAUGCAGAGAGCAUGAGGAAGAGAAACCAGGUGGUGUUCAGCAUGCUGGAGGCUGAAGCAGAGUAUGUGCAGCAGCUCCACAUCCUGGUCAACUGCUUCUUGCGGCCUCUGCGGAUGGCAGCUAGCUCCAAGAAACCUCCCAUUGGCCACGAUGAUGUCAGCAGCAUCUUCCUGAACAGCGAAACAAUCAUGUUUUUGCACCAGAUAUUUUACCAAGGAUUGAAAGCUCGUGUAUCUAGCUGGCCCACAUUAGUAUUAGCUGACCUGUUCGAUAUUCUCCUCCCUAUGCUGAACAUCUACCAGGAGUUUGUGCGGAAUCACCAGUACAGCCUGCAGAUCCUGGCCAGCUGCAAGCAGAACAGAGACUUCGAUAAACUCCUGAAACAAUAUGAAGCGAAGCCAGACUGUGAAGAGAGAACAUUGGAGACCUUCCUGACCUACCCAAUGUUUCAGAUCCCCAGGUACAUCUUGACCCUGCAUGAGCUGCUGGCUCACACACCUCAUGAACACGUGGAGAGAAAGAGCCUAGAAUACGCAAAGUCAAAACUGGAGGAACUUUCACGAAUAAUGCAUGAUGAAGUAAGUGAAACGGAAAACAUUCGCAAAAACCUUGCCAUUGAAAGGAUGAUAGUGGAGGGAUGUGAGAUCCUUCUGGACACCAGCCAGACAUUUGUACGACAAGGGUCACUUAUCCAAAUACCAAUGACUGAGAAAGGGAAAAUUACUCGAGGCCGGUUGGGAUCGCUAUCCCUGAAAAAGGAAGGAGAAAAGCAAUGUUUUCUUUUCUCCAAACACUUGAUAAUAUGCACCAGAGGAUCAGGCGGAAAACUCCAUCUAACAAAAAACGGAGUACUUUCACUUAUCGACUGCACCUUGAUGGAAGACACAGAAGCCACAGAAGAUGAAUCUCGGGGAUUGGGACAGGAACUGGAACACCUUGAUUUUAAAAUAGUUGUGGAGCCAAAAGACACCCCUUCCUUCACAGUGAUUUUGGUGGCUUCGUCACGUCAGGAGAAAGCAGCCUGGACAAGUGACAUCAGCCAGUGCAUAGACAACAUUCGAUGCAAUGGUCUAAUGAUGAACGCAUUUGAAGAGAAUUCAAAAGUCACUGUUCCUCAGAUGAUUAAGUCUGACACGAGCCUAUACUGUGACGAUGUUGACAUACGAUUCAGCAAAACCCUCAAUUCCUGCAAAGUACUCCAGAUACGUUAUGCGAGUGUGGAACGCUUGUUGGAACGCCUGACGGAUCUCCGCUUCUUGAGUAUAGACUUCCUCAACACGUUCUUGCAUUCAUAUCGAGUUUUCACUACGGCUGACGUUGUGCUGAACAAGCUCAUCACCAUCUACAAGAAGCCAAUAAGUGCAAUCCCCGCAAGGUCACUUGAACUAUUUCUCGCAAGCAGUCAGAAUAAUAAACUUCUGUACAGGGAACCCCCGAAAUCCCCUCGAGCCAGUCGGAAAUUUUCCUCCCCACCACCUCUCUCAAUUUCGAAGUCAUCGUCGCCCAUUCGGAGGAGGAAGCUUUCCCUGAACAUUCCCAUUAUUACCGGGGGGAAAGCACUGGAUCUUGCCGCGAUGACCUGCUCAGCCAAUGGCUAUGCAAGUGCAGGCAAGACAGUCAAGGAGGAUUCUGAGAGUGAGCAGGCUCUUAGUGAUGAGGCUGAGACAGAAACUUCACCCAAUAAAUCUCCAACAACACCAAAAAAACUGAAAGGCAAGAAUCCCUCAGAAUUCUCCCUGUUUUCCUACAACAACGGAGUGGUGGUCACAUCCAGCCGGGAAAUGGACAAUAACCGCAGUGCGCUUUCAGCAACCUCAGCCUUUGCCAUUGCUACAGCAGGAGCCAAUGAGGGUACUCCCACCAAGGAAAAGUUCAGGCGGAUGUCCCUGGCCAGUGCAGGUUUUCCUACUGAUCAAAGAAUUUGUGACAAAGAGUUUGUCAUUCGAAGAGCAGCAACAAAUCGUGUACUCAAUGUACUGAGGCACUGGGUCUCAAAGCAUUCCCAGGAUUUUGAAGCAAAUACUGAAUUGAAAAGUCAAGUGAUUGGUUUUCUGGAGGAAGUCAUUCAUGAUCCUGAGUUGCUAACACAGGAGAGGAAAGCAGCAGCUAACAUCAUCAGGACUUUGAGCCAAGAAGACUCCGUUGACCCUCAAACAACUUUGGAAGAGAUAAUGAAUGUGGCGGAGGAAGAGACAUUUGAAAACCUCUCUGCCUUGGAGAUAGCUGAGGAGUUGACUUUGUUGGAUCAUCUUAUCUUCGGGUGUAUUCCAUAUGAGUUUGUUCUCCCCAACAGGGAAUUCUUCGGCCAGGGCUGGAUGAAACCUGAGAAGAAUGAGAGAGCCCCGUACAUUAUGAAAACCACCAAACACUUCAAUGAUAUCAGCAACUUAAUAGCUUCGGAGAUUUUGAAGAGUGACGAUGUUAAUGUGAGAACAGCUGCUAUUGAGAAAUGGGUGGCAGUGGCGGAUAUCUGCAAGUGUCUACACAACUACAAUGCUGUGCUGGUGAUAACCUCAGCCUUGAACCGAAGUGCUAUCUUCCGGCUGAAGAAGACAUGGCUGAAGGUGUCAAAACAGACCAAGGCAUUAAUUGACAAGUUGCAAAAACUGGUGUCAUCAGAAGGACGGUUCAAAAACCUCCGAGAGGCUUUGAAAAAUUGUGAUCCACCAUGUGUUCCAUAUUUGGGGAUGUACCUAACAGACCUGGCAUUCAUUGAAGAGGGAACACCAAAUUAUACUGAAGAUGGGUUGGUUAACUUCUCCAAGAUGAGAAUGAUAUCUCACAUAAUCCGAGAAAUCCGACAGUUCCAGCAGACUGCCUACAAAAUAGAGCAGCAAACCAAGGUGGCACGCUAUUUACUGGUCCGGUCAAAUGUCAUGGAUGAAGAAACUCUUUAUGAAGCAUCCCUGAGGAUAGAACCAAAGCUUCUAACCUGAAUCCCACCAUCCCUCGCAUCAGAAACCUUGCAUAAAUGAUGAUAUCACUGCUCUCCUCCAACGUGCUGUGCAUGGGGCCAUCGCUGAAGAGUAGACAUGACCAAAACGUAACCCAAGGAGUGCAUCAACCAUCUGUCUGCUCCACUGGGGAAUUUCACACUAACUGGCUGCUGUACUUUUACUGCAGUGCAAACCUUUUCCAAACAAAAACACAGUGCAGCAGUAGUAGGAUUUUUGUGGUACUAAUUGAGUCAUUCUAACAAUCUUUAGAAAAUCAAAGAAAAAUACAUCUUUAAAAAUAUUGAAGAGUGGAUGGUAAAAUGGGCCAGAGCCUUUCAGUUCUAAAAUCUGGUUUCCAAUGCACUCUGGAAUGCUGGUAAUGAAAGCCUGUUUACCUGGGCAAAGGGUUGUGUGUUGUCAAUGGCAGCAGACUCCCUUCAUCACUGGGACCUGAACUCAUAUCUAUGAAAGAUCACUUGUAUGCCUCUUCUCGCUGGUGCAGAUGUUAAUGUGCUCUCUUGUUAACGAAGGUUUGUGUGAUAAAAUCACCUGCACACUCUCCUUUUACACAUAGGUAAAAAAGUUGAAACUCUUCCCUGAGUGGUGAUGUGGAUGUUCUCUUGCACUGAUGAAGGGCAGUACGAUGUCAUUGAUCAGCACACCAUCCUUUUCUGUGAAGGUCUGAGCUCAUAUCCCAGAAUGAUUAGGUGAAUGUUUUCUCCCUCUCCAUGUCACUCCCUAAAUCUCCACCUUGGGGUUCAAAUUAAGUUCAUACUAAUCGAAGAAAUGUAUCCUUUCUUUGGCAAAGGUUGAGUUCAUACUUCAGGUCCUUGGUUUGCAUCCUGUUCAUCCUAACCCUUUCCCCGAAUGUUGAGGAUCUGAAGUGAAAUGAGUCUGGGCCUCACAAUGCAAUAUUGUUGGACCUACAUCUACACAAUAUAAGUCCUCUAGAAAUGACAUCUAUGAUCAGUUAGCAUCCAUCAAUAGUGUGGGAGCUGGAGAUGUCACACUGAUGCAUUAGGGAUACCCUUUGGAGUUAGAAUUAACAUGGUGUGGGGGGAAUGUUAAUCUGCACCUAUACCUUAAUUGUAGAACACUGAACACUAACAACUCUCAGCUUUAUUAAUCCUCGUCCUUAUGAGCACAAGUAAAAUUUGCCACUUUGUCCCAAACAAAGCUUCUCCAGAAAUAAUUCUGGAAUCAAAAUUAUGUUGAAGCUCAUCUCCAAGCCAACGCUUCUCUGUAGGUCUCAAAGCUGCUUACAGUUUCACAGGAGCAGUCUGACUGGAACAAGAUGUCCUGUGUCCCUGUUGUGUAGGAUGAGAUUUGUUGUGUUAACUCUGUGGAGGCUUUGGCUCACCUGUUAGAGACCCCUAAGCAGAGAUGAGAACUGUGAAGCUUCGGCUAGAGCUUUGCUCUAUGUGUAUUUGACAUUAUUUUAUGAGUAAAGACAUUUUUCACAAAUCUGUUAACAAUUUCUCUGAAGUUGCCUUUUUUUUAAUUGUUCACCUACUGGUUAGUGUAUGUGUACAAAUAGUAUUGAGUUAUAGAUCCACUCUGAUCACUAUCAACAUUAGAUUCUGGGCAUGAUUUUCCAUGUUACUAUCAACCACAGCACUCAUAACCUUCCUAUAUGCCUUAGCAUUGAUUUGGCACAAUACAACUCCUGGAACCUCUUCUAAAUCCUCUUCUAAGCUGCCUAAGACAAGGUAAUACCAAGUCCAGGCUUCACGUUGCUUUUCCAGACUGACUGUCAGCUCUGCACAGAGUCAGGCUACUCAUUUAGACUGUCAGAAAAUACAUCUUCAUGCAAAUAGCCAUGGAAAUCCAGAAAGCUCACAACCACCUCAUAAUUUAAAGAUAGUUAUCGGAUCAUCAGACAAACUUCUCUUUGUAAGUGUUGCAGAAUCAAGGCAGAUAAAGUGAGUUAGGCAACAGAUCAGCUGUGAACUGACAGAUUUCUCCUGUUCCGGUAUUCCUAUGUUUCUAGUGUCAUUUAAUGUCAAAUGACAUUAUUCUCUCAAUUCCAACACCUUAAAGUAUGAUCGUUAAAAGAUUAGAUUCCCUGCAGAGGAAACGCACACAGACACGGGGACAAUGUGCAAACUCCACACAGACAGUUAUCUGAGGCUGGAAUCAAACCCGGGUCCCUGGUGCUGUGAGACUGCAAUGCUAAUCACUGAGCCAUCAUGCCAUGCUGUGUAAAGAUGCAAGUGUCCUUUUACUGACUGUCCCUCAUCCUCACAUCAUCACAUCUGAGAUUUAGAAGAUACAAGUCGGGUUUAGAUGGCAAGUGAAGUGGCUGAAUUCACACCUGAAAAUAACACAAGGAAACUUACAACCAGAAAGCUGGAAGCACUCAGCAUAAGUUCUAACAUGUUUGGAAGACGACGAGGCAGGUUAUGUUAACAAAAAGUUACAAUUUAAAAAGAGGUCUGUCCUUAGAACGUGUAUUUUAGUUUUACAGCACUAAUGGAGGGUAGUCAGUUGAUAGUUGUUAACUUAUUGCUCCUUGUUAUCAUUCUUGUUACUUCCCACUAAAUACAAGUGACUAAUUUCAUCACUUUCAUUGUUAAAACAUUGCAGCAAAUUUAAUGUGGAAGUGUCACCAAAAUCACAAAAGAGACUGACUCCUGUUUCCUUAAUUGAUAAGGUUAUCAGCGAUUCUAGUCUGUGAUUGGACACCUUGUAGCACUACAAUCCAAUUCCAAACUGUAGCCCUGGCUUGGGAGGUGAAUAGCGUCAUUGUGUUCCUAUGUUACUGCUUCACAGCAUUAACUUGGUAAUUCAAAAGCCUCAUGGAGAAUGAUGAAUGGUGAGACAGUCCUGGAUCAACACUAAGGCUCCAUGCAUAUGCCCAAUGUGCAAUCUUAGCUACAAACCUCUAUCAGAGACUGAAAACUCCUGAAAAUCAUUUGCCACCAUUCCACAAGUCUUCCCACUACCCUACCCCCACUCUAUCUGACAGAUUGCAUCAACUUUCAAGCAUUAAAAUGGGGUCACAUAAGAAAAAAAUUAGAAAAUACUGACCAGUAGCAAAAAGGAUGUUUUUGAACCUACAGCAAGCUCCAUGCACAUGCCCCUCCUAGGUAUAAUACCAGACUGCAAUAGCAAAAACAGAAGGCAGAAUCACCGGAUUUGAAAUGUUAACUACAGUUUUUCCUUCAUGGAUGUUGCCAGGGCAGCUGAUCUUUUUCAGCAACUUCUGUUUUUGUUCCUGAUUUACAGCAUUCACAGUUCUUUUGGUUUUUAUAUAAUCCCACAUGUGGCAGCACCUCCUGUACCAGGUUACUAUUAAGUCUCUUUUCUGGCCAUACAUCUCAUAGGUGGUUACAUAGGGGCAACAACUCCAACAAAGGUUAAUUAUCAUUUUUCAACUUCACAAUAUGUGUGCAUAGAACCUAGAAGAUCUUAGGCAUAAGAUCAUUUGUAUGGCCUUUCUCUUUUCCUUAACUAUGAGAUUGAGGACCCUCCUCUUCUAAGCAACAGAAAUGCAAGAUUUCUGAUGUUAGCCUUUCUUUAUUGUUGACCUCAGAAUCUAUCUCACAUUAAAUAUUUUAGGGGCAGCGCCUUCAGACUCGUACUCAUAAUUUUUGGAAUGCUGUGCAGAGAAUUAGCUGACAACUUGGACCUUCUUGUGGGUAUGCUCCUUAAAUUGGCCAAAGCUGCCAGGUACAGGCCCAGGAUGAACAAGGCCAACUGGGUUAUCACUUUGACAAGCUGCUUCUCUUCAGUGGUUUCUGAGCACCACAAGGUGAAGGUGACAAGGGUAAUCAUACUCUAAUUUGUUGUUUCCUUUUUCACUUUGAGAAAUUUGGGUAUGUAUUGGUUGUGUAAAUUCUGAAAAGAUGGGACAAUAUUAGAUGAUUUUAAUUUGGGGUCAUGACACUUGGUAAGUCAAUGCAUUUUCUCAGAUCCUAGAAACUAAGAAAGGUUUAAAUUUACAGCAUUUCUGUACCAUUUUCCAUUUAGCCUGACAGUAUUAGCAAUGAAAGAUAAAUAUUUCUUAGUUUUCUUUUAAUGAUUAAAGUAACAAACAAUUAUUAAAGUCUAGGAUAAACAGCUAAAAAAUCCAACCUCAAAAUCUGGAGCAAGCUUUCUUUCUACCAAGUGGUUGUCAGUGUGUUAAAUAAUGCAGUGAGAUUUGUGGCGAAGAUUUAAAUACAAAGUAUUGCUUCCUACCACUGCAGUUGGAGUUCAGCGUCAGUCCCCAGCUGUGAAAACACUGCAGUUUAUUACAAUUCUUGACGACUGUGUGUUAUUUGCUGAUCUGAAUUUUGCAACAUGUCCUGGACAGCCCUCUACUUCACAAAGCACAUAUGUAAUAGAAAAGAGGAACUACAGUAAUGGAAAUGCCAGGCAUACAUUCAUGUACAUAAUAAGAUUCCCAAACUCUGCUAAAGUGGGUGCUGACACCACAGUGAUGCCCCUUGCUUCAACUUAACAGUGCAUCCCAGAACCAGAAUCUUCAGUUGUUAUGGCAACAGAACAGCUCUGCCUUAAAUCUAAGCUUUACAGAUAUCAGACCGUGUGCAAUGUUACAGUUAAAGAUGUAGCUUAUCUUUGGCUGACUGUGAAAGAGUGCUAACUUUGCUAGCUCCAAAUAAUUAUAACUAGUUAAAAUGUCUUACAAAAGAAUUUCUAAAUUCAUAUAUUUUUCUAACAUUAGAAAUAAAAUGUGAUAUUCCAACUUUAAUGCUUUCUUCAGCCACGCACAUCGCAUUUUUCCUGACAAUCAUUCCACUAAUUCCACUGAACCCAGUCCCAAAAUAACGCUGGCCUGCAUUGAUCUAGUCAAGACCAUUGUGUGAGUUAGAUAAAAGCGGAAGAGAAAAGGUAAGGGCAGUGUGUGGCAAGUGAAAGCAAAAAGAGGUUUCUAAGCUGCUUUCUAUAGUAGCACAGACAGAAAGCAAGCAGCCAUUGCUGUUGGAAGCGAGAUCUGAGGGGCAAUGAUACUGAAAUGGAGGGACUAAAUUUGAGCAGGACUGUGCUAGCUUGUGUCAUGAGGCUAGGCUGAAACAUAUAAUUAGAAACUGUCUCUCAAAGAGAAUAGGGUGAGGUUGAAAACAAGGACAGGGCCAGGCAGAAGGGUAGCUAACCUACUGAGCUUGUCACGUUAUCGUCUUUCGAACACGGGAGCCUGUGGUUUCAACCUGCAGUGCCAGGUGAGGCAACAAAAGAGAGUUGUGGGGGUUUCCAGCUAUCACACAAUGAUCACUGCAAGCAAAUAAUGAUAGGGUGAAUAAAUUAAAAAUAAAACUCAGAACAGAUGAAAAUGUGAUGCAUUUCUCCAUCAUAUAUGUCUCAUUUCAGUAUCUUUUGCACAAGUGUGGUAUUUAGUGAAAACUAUAUGAAUAUAUUAAUGACAGUAUUAAUUUUUGUAUAUCUAAGUGAUCGUAAAGUAUUUAAAAUUCAGUUGGAUUCAAGGGACAGAUACACAGAGUAAAAGGGCACAUUCAGAAAAUUACAAGCUUUCUGCUGAACAAUGCUUUGAGAUGUAGUGGUGAUACUUUAAGCCUGAAUAUUUCCAGUGAUUUUUAGUUUCCCAUUUUAUAACAAUCCACAUUUCCUGAUUACCUCUUGACAAUCAAUCUCGUUUAUCUAAAGGGUUUGUCUGGCAAAACGUCAAAGUAUCAUUCUUGGAUUAGUCCUAGAGAUUUCAGCAAUUCAAGGGCCCUUAAGCUGAGCUCAGCAGCAAAGUGGCAGUGAUCAAGGUUGACCUUGAACAAGGCUCUGUUGGGAGACUGAGACAAUAUUGUAACAAGAACUUCAUCUCUCUUAGUGUGAAAUUGCCUGUAACCUGCUUUAAGUAUCUUUUUAUUUACUCUAUCAUGAGGUGUGGGCAUCACUGGGAAUGCUAGCAAUUGUCUCUGAUGCCCACUUACUUUUGAGGGCAAUUAAGAGUCAACCACAUCGCUGUGGAUCUGGAGUGACAUGUAGGCCUGGCCAGGUAAGCAUGGCAGAUCUCCUUCCUUAAAGGAUAUAAGUGAACCUGAUGUACCUUUACAACAAUCGACAAUAGUCAAUCACUGUCAGCUUUACUGAAACAAGCCUUCGAUUCCAGCUUGAUUUUAAACUGCACUAGCUACUGGGGUGAGGUUUGAACCCACACUCCUAGACCUCAGACGUACCAGUCCAGUGACAUCACCCACUACCCACCAUCUCCUCCAAACAGACAAUCACAUUAAAAAAUAUUCAUAGGAAACAAAAUAAUCAAUCCACAGUUUAAAAAUUUUAAACAGACCAAGGUAAAGAUUGGGACAAAACCAUGGGAUCAAUUUAGAAGCUGAAAUAUCAAGAAAAGGUUUAAAAUGAGUAAUUAUUUUUAAUACUUAAGUUUAAAAAAUGUGAUAACUGUAACAACAGAAAAAUGAAACACACUUCUCAGAGCCAGAUCAUUUGCUCAGCUAUGGUUAUUACUCAGAUUGUAGUGAAAAAUGCAUUAAUUGAAAUUCAUUGAACAAGGCUUAAUUUUUAUGAGGUUUUGAACAGUGAUAUGCAAGUGGGCAUGGAAGGUUUUUUUUACCAGGUUAGCUGAUUUCUCACGAUACUGGCUUAAGCGGGUAUUGAGAGGCAUAGUGCAGCCUGCAGUGGAGCAGUAAAUGACUGACUAAAAUCUUUUUAUUCAUGUUAAAUCCUGAUGCUGUGGUCAGAUUUAGUGAGGAAAAUGUGGUUAACUCCGACAGGUCACUGUUAAAUAUUCCCCAAAUUCCACGAUAAUCUGCCAGUGGCUCAGUGGUUCAUUUUCUCACACCUCAACAAGAGAUUUAAAGUUCAAGACCUAAUGCAGAGUCUUCAGUACAAAACUUAGGCUGACAAAUGCAACACAUUGUGAAAGGAAUGCUGCAUUGUUGUAAGCACAGCAGUGAGGGAGUUCUGUAUUGUCAGAAAUUAUAAUAACUUUAUCUAGUUCAGUAAUAUUGUUUUUCUCAUUGUAUGGUUUGAUAUUUAUCAUUCUGAAUUUGUUUUUUAUUUGCGUGAAUUUUUUUUACAAAAAAUAUACUUUCAUCAUAACAUUUGUAAACAAAGGUAUUACAUAAUCAUUUCAAUUUGAAUAGUAAGGGAUUUGCAAACAACACCAUUGUACAUGUCGAAACAAUUUUCUGUUUAGCAAAUACAUUCCUCAUCAGGUAUUCCGUCUAAGGACAAAACACUUCAAAUUACAAAUUGUAGAAAGUGCCAUCUAAAGUUUUCUUUACAUCAUGAUUCAUUCUGAGGUUCUCAAUACCUUGUUGAUAGUAUUGAUUUACACCAUACAUUCCUAGGGAGGCACUAAAUGUGAGAGGUUUCUAAUCCCAGCCCAUUGGUACCCAAUGUCUGAGAGGCCAGUAUAGGGGUGAAUGGCAUUAAGCAAUCCAAUGCAUUUUCCCAAAAGCCAUAGAUUGUUUCCGGAAUCUUUUGAAUUAGUAAUAUUUCUGCAGCAUUUUCUACUUAGCCUGAUAUUACUGUCAAUUAUAAAUAUAAAUGUUGCUGAAAACUAUUUAAACAUUUUUAAAAUAGCAUCCAGUGUAUAGCUCUUCAAUAAGUGUUGAAAGGCUAAGAAAUUCAGCCACAAUAUCAGGAAGAGGAUGUAAGAGUAGACAUAAUGCAGUGGGAUUUGUGGUGAAGAUUUAAAUGCAAAGUAUUGCUGCCUACCACUGCAGUUGGAGUUCAGUGUCAGUCCCCAGCUGUGAAAACACUGUGGAGUCUAUUACAAUUCUUAAACUGCUGUUUGUGCGUUAUUUGCUGAUCUGAAUUUUGCAACAUGUCUUGGGCAGCCCUCUAUUUCACGAAGCACAUACAUGAUAGAAAAGAGGAGCUGCAGUAACGGAAAUGUCAGGUAUAUUUUCAUGUACGUUAUAAGAUUUCCAGGUUUAGAAUGACAAACUCUGCUUUAGCGGAAUCUGACUCCAUAGAAAUGUCUUUUGCUUCAACUUAACAGUCCAUCCCAGAACCAGAAUCUUCAGUUGUUAUGACAACAGAAUGGCUCUGCCCUGAAUCUAGGCUUUACAGAUAUCAGCAUCUAAUGGUUUUUCGCUGAAUGAUACAGUAAAAAGCAUAGCUUAUCUUUGUCUGAUCCAUGACUGUAUUUAUGAAUUUAUAGUUGGUGCAAA